GAACAAAAGCAGAGGGAAAGCAGAGUGCUGACAGGGCCGGAGGGCAUCAGCCGCAGGGCUAUAAAGAGCAGGGCCAUAGAGGAAGUGGCACCAGAUGGAGACCCAGACUGUGCAGCAGGAGCUGGAAUCCCUUCCAACCACCAAGAUGGCUCAAACUAACCCCAUGCCGGGGUCUGUGGGGCCAUGGAAGAUAACCAUCUAUGACCAGGAGAACUUCCAGGGCAAGAGGAUGGAGUUCACCAGCUCCUGCCCAAAUGUCUCCGAGCGCAGUUUUGACAAUGUCCGGUCUCUCAAGGUGGAAUGUGGCGCCUGGAUUGGUUAUGAGCAUACCAGCUUCUGCGGGCAACAGUUUGUCCUGGAGAGAGGAGAGUACCCUCGCUGGGACGCCUGGAGCGGGAGUAAUGCCUACCACAUUGAGCGCCUCAUGUCCUUCCGCCCCAUCUGUUCAGCUAAUCAUAAGGAGUCUAAGAUUACCAUCUUUGAGAAAGAAAACUUUAUUGGACGCCAAUGGGAAAUCUGUGAUGACUACCCCUCCUUGCAAGCCAUGGGUUGGUUCAACAAAGAAGUUGGUUCCAUGAAGAUACAAUGUGGAGCCUGGGUUUGCUACCAGUAUCCUGGAUACCGUGGCUAUCAGUACAUCUUGGAAUGUGACCAUCAUGGAGGAGACUAUAAACACUGGAGAGAGUGGGGUUCUCAUGCCCAGACUUCCCAGAUUCAGUCAAUUCGCCGUAUCCAACAGUAGUGGAUUAAAAGCUCCAAGUAACAAUUCCCCAAGCAUGAGACCUUGCUAAGCAAUCUAGAAUGAAUUUUAUGUUCUGCUCAGAUACUGCUUCCAAAUGUUAGCUGCUGAAAUCCACAAUAAAUGUCAUUAAAAAAAACCCAACAACUUUGUAGACUGAAUUAACUACCAUGCUUUAUAGAAAUCACAUUUACAUGUCUGAAAAUCUUAAAAGACAAUCUUCAAUAAAACCCCAAGUUCCCUUUUGUGUCCUUGCAAGUCACUUACCUGGCCAAGGACAAUGAUUCCCUAUUUCAAACAACAUGAAAGCAUAUAACCCAAAUGUAUCAGUCUAUAUAGUGACAGACACAUUUUUGGUAAAUGUUUUUUCAUCUUUUCUAACCCCCACUCUAAUGCUGAUGUUAGCACUGCUUUUUUUCACUUGUGACAAAUCAAUGCUAAACAAACUUAGGAAGUUUCUCAAAUAUGCAUUGCCAUAUUGCUUAACUGCUUAGCUCAAUUUCGGUUUCUUAUUUCAACUGGAAGAACAUAAGGCUCAAUGUCAUGACAAAAGGCAGGAUAGUUGCUCUCACAACCGAUUUUUCCAUACACAUGCCAAU